AUAAAUAGUCCAUGCUAGAUAAAGAACUGCAGCAGAGAGGGACAUGAUCACAAGCCACGUUCGUGCACAUACACACACAUUUGGCCACACAAAAAAACACAUGUGUGUAUCGUGAGCAGGGCUGUUGUAGGCAGAGCAGAGGGGCGUGUGAGACUGCAGUGACAUCCUUCUUCUCCACUCGACGCGUGCAGAACGAUCUUCCUCUUGCGCUCCGAAAGCUGAAGCCGGCAUGUUCUGCUUCUGCCUGCAGGGCUCUUUGCUGAAGCUCCAGGCUCUGGAGGGAGACACCAGCCCUUCUUCAGACCCCUCUCCCGAAGAAAGUCCUCCCAGCCUGGGAUUCAAAGAUGAAAUCCUGAUUUCUUCAUGCAAUGGCAUUGGGCAAGAGCACAGUUUACCAGACUGUAGGCUGGCAGAGAGUGACUGUAGCAGUGAUUUCCAGCGGAGCCCGGGGCCCAGUCGACUUAUUCAGCACAUCACAGACGACAACAGCCCCCUGCCUUCCCCACGCUGCUCCAGCUUCAGUCAGGGCCAACGCUUCAACACAGACCCUGAAUCUGCCCCGUCUCCACCCUGCGCACAGCAUCUCAUAAUGGCUCGUGGAGUUGUUAGAAUGGAGGUUCCUGGAGACACAAAGGAAGCUACUUCCAUCCCACUCCUCAGCAAACACAUCCAAACUCUCAAGAGGAAAAUACGCAGGUUUGAGGAGCGCUUUGAGCAAGAAAUGAACUAUAAGCCUUCACACAAUGAUAAAUCAGCCAAUCCAGAGAUGUUCAAACUCAUGAGUGAACUAGCCAGGUCUCGCAAGCAGCUCAAAGAUUUGAAGCUCAGACAGUCAUUUGAGGGAUCCCCGACACAUGAGAACAAUCAGUCCACAGAUAGUUGCAGGUACACCAUCGGCCAGCAGGUGACGCCAGAGCAGCAGCACAAGCCCUCUCUGGAGGAGACAGUGGGCGCACUCCUGAAACGACUACGGGAGAAACGCCAGGCCCUCGGCCUCCCAGACAACAUGAAGGAGAUGACCCAAAGACAGAUGGCCCUAGAGAAGAUCACUCUGCAAAAAUGUCUACUGUAUUUUGAGAGCUUACAUGGCCGCCCUGGCACCAAACAAGAGAAAAACCUGGUAAAACCUCUCUAUGAUAGAUACCAGAUGGUGAAACAUCUCCUGUGUGCGACUCCCACUAUUACAACUAUAGAAGAAGAAGAAGGCUCAGAUGACGACUCUGUCCGGUACACCCCCCCACCCGUGUGCCUCACUGAUAAGAGCGGCUGUGGGGGGGAGGAGGGAGACAGUGACCCGGCCUUUGUGUCUCCACUGGAUGAGAUCAAGACAGUGAGACAUUCAGCCAUAACCAUGUCCAACCUCCACGAGGCCUCCAGGUCUGAGUUGCUGGAAUGUUUGCAUGAGACUCGAGCCGAAAAGAAGAGACGACGUAGAGCCAUCAGAGAGUUUGAAGAGCAGUUCCUCAGACAGAUGGGAAGAACCGCACAAAAAGAUGACCGAAUCCCCGUGGCCGAGGAGUACCAGGAGUACAAAAGUCUCAAAGCCAAAUUACGCUUACUGGAAGUGUUGCUCAGCAAACGGGAAACCACACAGACUAUCUGAGUUAAAGAGAUUCUUUCUGCCUUUCAGUGUUGAACCCAAUGUUUGGACCAAAUGGAGAUUUACUUUUGACAUAAUUGUGCCAUAAUGAUGCUAAAAUGCACUUUAAUAUGUUUUCUGACCACAUUAGAAGUCCUAGACUCAGUGGGUUGGGCCGAACCGAUCAAGGCCUUUCAGUGACUACUAGAACAAACACAAACGUGUGCGAUCUCUGUGCUGUGUACAGAGCGAGACGGAUCGAUACAAACCUCAUUCAGAUUUCAAAGGGCAAAAGAGAAUAGAGUAUUCAUCUAUGUUUAUGGAACAUGGCACUUUAUUUUUGGAGAAGAUUUUUAUUUUUAUUUUUAACCAAAGUCGAAUCGUAUGCAAUUGUAAUGUUUUCUUGCUCUUGUCUGAAGCUAGUUUAUGAUUCUAAUUAGGACCGUAGUGACAUUGUGCACACUAAUGAGGAUCCAUGAUUCUCUGGGGCUAGACAAAAUCUCUAGACUGUCAAAUAAUGCAACGCUCUAGAUAGAAAACAACUCAGAGCACUUAAAAUAAUGGUUUUAUGCAAAUUUCAAUGAGUUCCUUAACAUAAAAAAACAGCAGAAACAAAA